UGGAUAGCAUCUCUGAGCAGGACGUUCACGAUGAGGACUUUCUGUGCUCUGCUUGUCGGCGUCUGCGCUCUGUGUGUGACUGGGGCUGUGCUCGGAGAGGACCACGACACGCCCAAGAGGAUAACAAGGGAUGCAGAACCUCCUGAAAUUGACUGUAAGUGGACUCCCUGGUCUGAAUGGACAACCUGUGACCCCUGCAUCAAACAGCGUCGUUCCAGAGGAGUAGAGGUGUUUGGCCAGUUCAAAGGAAGGUCCUGCCAGGGGGCCUUAGGUGAAGACAGGGACUGCAACCCCGCUGGAGGCUGCGAUCCACCACAUCUCAAACCGUGUUUGGAUAGUCAAUUUAGGUGUGAUUCAGGUUUUUGUGUCAAGAAGGCUCUGGUAUGUAAUGGAGACUUGGAUUGUGACGACACGACAGAUGAGACUUGCGACAGUCCCGUGCGUCUCCCUUGUGGCAAGACGCCUCUAGAUAACAACGAGCAGGGCAGGACAGCAGGAUAUGGAAUCAACAUCCUUGGAGCAGAUCCUCGCGCCAACCCUUUCAAUAACGAUUUUUUUAACGGGAAAUGCAUGAAAGUGAUGAACCCUACGUCUAAGCAAAUGGACAGGCUUCCAUGGAAUAUUGCCUCUCUCAACUACGAGACUCGUGCAGAAGACCUUACAUCUCGGGAGAUCUACGAGGACACACACUCCCUGAUCAACGAAAUCACAACGGACACAACCUUUUCUAUCGGAGUAGGUGGGUCUCUGAAAUUCAGCCCUUCGGAGACAUCCCAAACGCAGUCAAACACAACGGUGUCAGGAGGCGCGAGUGUUGAUGUGGACUAUUCAAAAAAAAAUCUGCUCAAGGAGAUUACAGAGUACACCACGAUCAAGAAAAGGAGCUUCAUACGAGUGAAGGGGAAAGUGGAGUUAAGUAAAUACAGGUUGGUCUCCCAUGACCUCCAGGUCACAGAUCGCUUCCUUCUGGAUGUGAUGCGGCUUCCUUUAUGGUACGAAAAGGGCAUAUACUUUACCUUCAUAGAGGACUAUGGGACUCACUACACCAAGAAUGGAGUUUCUGGAGGAGAGUACGAACUUGUAUACGUUCUCAAUCAGGAUGCCAUCAAGGAGCAAAAAAUUACAGAAAGAGAGGUCCAGGACUGCGUCAAAGUUAACAUCGGUGCCGACUUUAGCAUCAGCUCCGGAAUCGAAGGAGAAGUCCACGUCAAACCGGAUUACUGCAAAAAAGUCACCCCCAAAAAUACAGAAACAUCGGAAGGGAAAGCAGCUGUGGAUAAAGUGUUGACUUUUGUCAGGGGCGGCACCACCGCCACCGUAGCCACCAUGAGGGCCAAGCUCGACAAAGACGGAAUAAUAGACCUGGACACUAUUCGAGAAUGGGCCCGCUCAAUUGCCGACAACCCUGCUCUCCUCAAGAGUGAGCCAGAGCCCAUCUACAACAUCAUUCCUCUCAGUUUUCCUCACGUCAACACGUUCAGAACCAACCUAAAGCAGGCCAUAGAAGAGUACGUGGCUGAGUACAACGUCUGCAAGUGCCAGCCCUGUCACAACGGGGGCAGCGUGAUUCUCAUAGACGGCAGUUGCACGUGCCUGUGCCCCCUUGCGUUCGAAGGAAUGGCAUGCCAGUCACUCAAGGCUGAGAAGUCUCGGCCGUCACCUGUGACUGAGAAGGGGAACUGGGCCUGUUGGUCAGCCUGGUCCAGUUGCAGUGGAGGUACCCGGCAAAGGACCCGCCUCUGCAAGACAGGCAAACUCUCUGGCGCCACCUGCCUGGGAAGUCCAAGUUCUGAAGAUUACUGCUAAACCUGAGUACACACAAACACGACACGGUUUGAGAUUUCACUUUUUGGACUUUGGACACAUGUAAAGCUUUACAUUUCCUAAAACAACUUAACAUUCUAUACAUCGAAAGGGUGUGCUUUUUCCUGUGCCUUUUCAUUCAACUGAAAAAGUAUGAAAGAUAGCCACACUGAUGAAACAGUACUUUUCAAUGGGGUCAAGUCCGUUACCUGUAGUGGAGAAUCCGUAUCCGUCAAGAUGUGUCACUGUAUUAGAUAAUGAACUAUACAGUCUUAAUAAACAAAGUAUUUGCCUCCUUUCA